GAGCGCGGUGCCAUGGCUGCCGCGGUGCGGGAGUGCCUGGAGCUCCAGCUGCUGGAGGUGGAAAUGCUCCUUUCCAUGUUCCCCAAGAAAGGGGAGAUCAGCCUGGACGGCGCUGCCGUUCCCGCCUUGCAGCGCUACCUGAGGGACGGCGGCGGAUCCCUGCCCCCGCGGCUCGAGUAUUCGGUCGCCGUCGGUGUCGGGGAGCCGGAGGUAAAAGUGGAAUUGCAGGUGCAGUUGCCUCAUAUGUAUCCCCACGUGGCUCCUCAGCUUUUUGCAAGAUCAAAUGCACUGCACAGGCAGCAGCAGUUGCAGCUCAACACUCGUCUCACUUCUCACAUCAGCUCUUUGGAUUCAGGUGAACUGUGCAUAUGUGAGGCUGUGCAGUGGCUGAAGGAGAACAGCCUGCCCUAUUUGGAAAACAGUAAGGUCUCUGCUGAAGGCGUUUCAAAGGAAACAGCAACUAAAGAAACAAUUCAACGUAUGUGGAUCUACAGCCAUCACAUAUACAGGCAGGAGUUGAGGAAGAAGAUCUUUGAGUGUGCGAAGAAAUUAAACCUGACUGGCUUCUGCCUGACAGGAAAACCUGGGGUGAUCUGUGUGGAGGGCAUCAGAGAAAACUGUGAGGAGUUCUGGCGUGUUAUCAGGUAUCCCAACUGGAAGCAUAUCUCAUGCAAACAUGUGGAGACUGUAGAAGCAGAGGGAAGCAGUGAUCAUCUGCGCCUCUUUCGAGCUUUUGAAGACUUGCAGUUUCAGGCCCAUGGCGAUUAUGGCCUGAGGAACGACUAUCACAUGGAUCUGGGCCAGUUCCUUGAAUUCCUGAAACAGCAUCAAAGUGGACAUAUUUUUCAGAUUUUAUUUGGUGUUGAAGGCAAACUUGCAGACAAAUAAGAGGGAAAAAAAAAAGCAUGUAAAUGAAUGCUAACCUUGGACAGCAAGAGAUGAAGCUGACAUUGACAUUUGUCCCUAAGCUAUGGCUGCUGUGAAAAGGGGAAAUUCAGUGUUGAACACAGAACAGUUCAAGUAGAUGUUCCUGGCUCUGAAUUCUGAAUUGCAGUGUAUUUUUUGAAAGAGGUGCUUGUUUACUUAUUUUCGGAGAUCUUAAAAGCAGCAUUUUUCACUGAGCAAAGCAGCAUUUCUCACUUCUCUCAAAGAAGUGCUGGCAAGGUGAUAAAAAUCCUAGGUGGUGCUAUCCCGAAUUACACUGUUCUGUAAUCAUCCCUCCUGUGCUUUGUUACUAAGCUGAAGUGCAGAGCUUUAGUUAACUUCUUCAUUUAGUUGUGGGUCACCAAGGUGGCUGCAGUCAGAUUAAUACGGUUUCCAAUAUGAAAGUGCACCCCACUGAAGGGAGUCAAGAUUUGCUGCAUUUGUUGCCUUUUACUGCUGUAUGAAACAUCUGGUCUCACUAAUUCAGCUGAUCCAAGAAAAGCAAAGACCCUUGUGCCCAAAACCGCUAAGUUUUGCAUUUAAACAUAUGAGUGGGGGGAGGGGAGGGGGAGAAAGCCCUCAUCACCCCAUCAUUUGGAAGCUCUGGGUUGUAAGUCUUUACAGUGACUGCGUUAUUGCCCACAUUUCCAAUACCUUCUUCUUCCUAUCUCACUGGGGUCUGUUAAUUUUGAAUGGUAGCAGCUGCUCAACUCAUGCUUUUUUAUAUUUGUAUUGCUAGGCCUAGCACAUUGGAAAGUAAGAUACUAUAUAAGGAAAUACAUAUGUCGUGUGUGCGUCUAUAUAGAUAAAAAAGGAUCGUCAUAUUUAGAUGUUAUCAGUAGAUGAAGACUUGUGUCUGAGAAGUCCGAAAUAGCUGUGCCUUAAAGAACCAGCAAGACAUUGCCUUCUGCUUUCUCCCUAAGCGCCAUAAUAGGAGAAUUGGCGGACAGCAAUAAAACCACCUUUACUGUUAAGGUUUGGAUGCCCAAAUCUAAAAAAUCAAGCUGUUUGGUUAGCAGCUACUUAAAAGCUGUGUUUCAGUACACCCCCCCGAUGACUACGAUAUUAAUAAUGGGGAUGCUUUGGCUGCCAAUUUAUAAUACUCUGAUAUUCUCUCUUUGUGAAGGACAUUGACUGCCUUUAUGCCGAACAAUUGCAGUGCAGUUAUCUUGCUGGGGAAAUGAGAUCUUUGAUAAUUCACAGGACUGUAUCUUUGUUAGAAUAUUUUAAUGCUACUGAAUAACAAAGGUUCUGCAGGUUCGGUUGUCAUUAGCAAAUACUCAUUGCUGCUCACAGGAGCGACGAGUAAGGCUUUUCUGUGGAGGAAAAUAUUUCUAAGCUUACUGUUCUUCUUCAGUAACAGCUUGACAAUUUACACAGAUUACAUUGCGACUUGUAAUGGAUUAAACAAUCAUCGUAUGUAUUUCUCAAUCUUCCACUGUACCAUUUGUCUGCUGAAGUUCUCAUUGACAUGCGUGACAAAUCUGAACUCAAGGUACAGCCACUCACUGUGAUAUCAACAAACGCGUACAGCCAUAGUGUAGGACAUACCAAGUGCAAUAACAACCAGCAACCAACACAAAUACAGUUCUCAGAUUAAUUUUUAUUUUUUCGUGUAUCAUUAAUUAUGACUUCUUAAUCUGAGCUUCUAAUCAAAUAUUACCAUUUAGAAAACUUGUUCUGAGUCUUACAAAAUUAUCUACUCUUCGGCUCCCUAGGCGGAAACGUUCUGAAUAUCGAAGUGCUUUUCCACUGCUGCUGAUUUGCUUAUUCUUCAUGGAGUAUUUACAGUUUCACUUUCAUGGCAUCUUCAGGCCAGGUGUAUGAGUCAGCCACAAAGCUGUUGUAAUCAGUGCUGUACAUCUGCGAACGGAUGAAGGCUUCGAGGUCCUCGGGCUGAGGGUAGGUGGUGGCAGUGUUAUUCCUGUAGGCUUCUUCUGCAAUCUAGAAAGUUGCAUUAAAAUCCCAAUUAGUGCUUUAUUUGAAUACAUUUAACAGUAUUCUAAAGUAGGAAUGAGGUCAAAAUCGAGAUGACAUCUUCUUUGGUGCUGACAGUCAUAUCAAGUUACACUGCAUCUGGGCUAACAUGCAGCGAAAAAGAUUAAGAAUAUGAUGAUGUAUGCAUUUAUUUGUCUGAUUCAUGCUGCUUUUGAACUCUUACAGGAUAGCAUUCUGAGCAGGUUACCCUGGUUUGCCAUCUUCUAUAAAGCACAUACGAUAAAUGUGAUUUGUUCCGAGCCUCCAUGCCCCUUGAGUUUGAGGGAAGUUUAUUAUUUGCCACAGCCUGAUAAAAUAUUUCUCAAAGGUAAACACAAAAUAUCCUGGAUAGGUUUAAUUCCAUGUAUGACUGGGGAAAGUCUGUGUACUUUUUCACUGAGAAAUCAACAAGAUCAGAAUCAAUUGCAUCCUACGUAUAGCUGUGGCAAAAAAAAUGGAGUUUGGAUGGGACUGGAGCUCACUCAAUGCACCACAGCAUACUGUCACAUCUGAAGAGCACCAUCUUGAGAUAUAUACGUCUUUUGACUGGAUGUUCCUUUGUGAAACAAAAGAAGGGUUACACACUUGUUCAAAGCAGCAGCGAUCUUUGCUAAGAUCUGCUUCAGCUGGAACUGGCAAACAAACAAAAGCUCUUACUUUAAAUGAAGGGAAGACAAAGUCUCUUCCUGCACUCCGUAGCCAUCACUUUAAAACAUGGAUGUUUUAGCUUGGUGAGAAGCCAGUACUCCAAGGGGAAGAGCUACAGUAUGUUGGCUUCCCUUUUAGGAUUCACCUGGAGCCCCAACCAGAGCUGGCUGAGAUGUGCGUAUUCACGUAAGAGUUUCCCUUCAGGUCUGCAUGCAUGAUAAUCACAGCUGAAUGAGGUCUGAAUUUAUACCCUGCAUUUGCUAUUCUGAAAAUUUUCAGAGUAUUUCUCCCCUGGAAAGGACAAAUGCCAUCACUUAGCCUUUAGUGCCGUACAAGCCAGAGUAGGUACUUGUAGGAAUAACAUUUCAGCAGAGAUCAGGCAGGAAGACUUGUUCAGUAACAUUUUCCUUUCUCAACACGCAUUCGAGUUAUCAGAGACAACAGAGCAGUUUCCAUCACUCUGUUUCUGCCACAUAGGCAGUUUGAUGCAGCCUGAGAAAUCUUGGUACCAUUUUGACAUUUACAGGACAGAGUUAUCAUUUGCCUAAGAAGACAUGAGUGGCAAGAAGGAUUGAAUUAUUAUUUUAAAGGCAGAGUAAGUGAAGCUAGGGGAAAUGUUUGAUGCAUGAAGCCUCCUUGUUAUUGUUUCAAAAGGAUAUUCAGUAACUGGAAUGGAUUUGUUUACAUCAGUAAACAAACAUUCUGGAGUUUCAACUCUUUCCGUCUUGUACUGGGGUUAAAUUUGGGGUAAUAUUUAUGAAUUGAAAUUAAAUAAAUGUAUUUUUACUGCUAGACCAAGAUUGCUGUGAAUCGGCUUGUGUGAAGAUGUGUCAGCUGAUCAAAUCUAAUGCUCAGUUACAUAACAUGAGAAGAAGAGAAGCCAGGGAAGACUGAAAUGACUUACCCUCACUGCAAUCUUCAGUGACACCUGCUGGAUUGUGACUAAAGGAGGGUACAGGCGACCUUCCUGUAAAUUCUCCUCUGAAACUUGCUGAGCUAUUACCUGGAAAUAAGGCAGACAUGUUUAACUGUGAAUGCAGACACAACCGUGGCUUCAUUAGACACUGAUCUCGUCUUACACAAAUAAAUGGUCCUGCUUUGGCAAGUCACA